GGGUAGCAGCGGUUCGCAGGGAAGUGAGCGCAGCGGCAGGAAAGGCGUGUUGGAGGGAGAGCGAGAGAAGAUCACAGCGCGGUGGAGCCGAACUCGCCCGAGCUGCUGAACUCCAGGGCGCUUUGAGCCGCGGGCAUGAGCUCAACUUUUAGAUCAAGGCGCUGACUUUAGCACGUCGUCCUGCUCCGCGAGUUACCGCCGCUCUUCGCCCACCUUUCUCCGGUUUCUGCUGCGCGGAGCGGCGCGGCGCGGCGCGGCGCGGCGGGUGAAGCGGGCUGGGCGGCGCGGUGAGGCGGGCUGAGGAAAGCAGAAGUGUGCGCUCGCCUGGGGGCUUUGCUCUGCAAGAAUGUCGCAGAAAGAAAGACCCACGUUUUAUCGACAGGAGGUGAAUAAGACGAUAUGGGAGGUGCCGCUGCGUUACCAGACCCUGUCUCCGGUCGGCUCGGGCGCCUACGGAUCCGUGUGCUCAGCACUUGAUGAGAAGACGGGUCUGAAGGUUGCUGUGAAAAAACUCUCAAGGCCGUUUCAGUCCAUCAUCCACGCCAAAAGGACGUACAGAGAAUUACGGCUUCUCAAACACAUGAAGCAUGAAAACGUGAUAGGCCUGGUGGAUGCUUUCACACCUGCCACCAGUCUGAAGAAGUUUAAUGAUGUGUAUUUCGUGACACAUCUAAUGGGUGCUGACCUCAACAACAUAGUGAAGUGUCAGAAGCUGACUGAUGACCAUGUGCAGUUCCUUAUUUACCAGAUCCUUCGAGGACUCAAGUACAUCCAUUCAGCAGACAUCAUUCACAGAGACCUCAAACCCAGUAAUUUAGCUGUGAAUGAAGAUUGUGAACUUAAGAUCCUUGACUUUGGCUUGGCACGGCACACGGACGAUGAGAUGACGGGAUAUGUGGCCACCAGGUGGUAUCGCGCUCCAGAGAUCAUGCUCAACUGGAUGCACUACAACAUGACAGUGGACAUUUGGUCGGUUGGCUGCAUUAUGGCCGAGUUGCUGACGGGGAGGACGCUCUUCCCUGGCACUGACCACAUUGACCAGCUGAAACUGAUAAUGCUUCUUGUUGGAACUCCAGGACCCGAGCUGUUGAUGAAAGUCUCCUCAGACUCUGCCAGGAAUUACAUUAAUUCCAUGCCACAGAUGCCUAAAAGGAAUUUUGCGGAUGUAUUUAUUGGCGCCAAUCCUCAAGCUGUAGAUCUCCUUGAGAAAAUGCUGGUUUUAGACACAGAUAAGCGAAUAACUGCUGCGGAGGCCUUGGCCCACCCAUACUUUGCCCAGUACCACGAUCCAGAUGACGAACCAGAAGCAGAGCCCUACGACCAGAGCUUUGAGAGUCGAGAGCUGGACAUUGAGGAGUGGAAACGUUUGACGUAUGAGGAGGUGAUCAGCUUUGAGCCACCGAUUUUUGAUGGAGAUGAAAUGGAAUCAUGAGGCCCCUGUAAGACUGGAGCAUAAUUUCAGCCCAGUCCUUUGCAGUUAACACUGUCAUUUCUGCAGUUCUUCUUUUACCGACCGAAAGUAUGAUUUUAAAGUGCCUGCCACUUUACUUUCUUUGUCUUGCUCUUUUUUAAAUUGUAUUUUUUUAUGUAUAUAACUGUUGUCUGAUGAAUUAGGAAGCAAAAAAAGACAUUAGGACAAAAGGGACACGUUUAACAGGAUUUUUAUAUGAGGAACCUCUCGUGGAGUUGAGUAGCAUUUGUGUUAAACCAUUGUUAUGUUUCCAUCCACUCCCCAGGCAAAUUUCAUGCUAAUAUCAAAUAUGCACAAAAACGUUCACAUGGCAAUAAAGCUUGCUGCUACAUCAUACUGUACGAGCCCAGGAUUGGGAGCAUCACAACGGAAUAACAUUGGGUAAAAAAUUCUUGUGUAAAAUGAUUAUUGGCAUUUCCUUCAGAGAUACCAGCAAGCAAACCGUUGGCUGUGCAGUGCUGUGAUGAAUUCAGAGAUCACUUUAGUUUCCAUUCAAAAUGUUAUUAAUUUACAGUAAGUUAUUCAUUUUUUGGCAUUGCUUUUCAGUUUUUCGAAGAACUCUGCAGGAAUGUUUAUCCACACCUCCAAAGUUCAGUCUGAGAAGUUGUAAGGUCUGGACUCGAGUCGCCAGUCUGUUGUUUUUUAAUUAGCAUCCUUUUCUCAAUAACGGCUUCUUGACAGCUGCGCAUCCUUUUAGACCUGUAGCACCGAGUUGUCUUCUCACAGUGGAAGGAUGGACAGAAGCACAUUGUCAGAUCUGUGGCAGGAGUGGAGCUUGAUUUUCUUUUGUUCUGCGAGGUUUUAUGUGGUUGGAGUCCCAUUUUCUGCCCCAUCUUUUAACCAUUUGUAGAACUCCAGUUUGGAAACUUUCUUUUUUAUAUUAUAAUUUUUAAUUUUUUCUUUAAAUACUAUUUUAUUUUUUUCUUAUUUUCCUUUUAUUUUCCCUGUCCCCAUGCAAGUGGAUCACUUUAUGUAAUCUCAGAAAUAUCUGCUGAAAAAUGAAUAACUUGUCUGUGGCUGUUUAGACUAGAAUUCAACUGUGUGAAUGGUAGUCUCUGACUUACUGUACAAUACUGCAGGCUCUUGCAAUGAAACCGAUGCAAAGCUGUAUCUGACAUUAACUUGACCAAAAUCUAAACAAAUGACCGUAACUUGCUCAUUUAUUAUAUUCAUAUUACAACAAGGCAAGGCAAAUAUUCCCACAUCAAGUGUGCAAUUUGACAUGUGGUGACUUGGAUGGUAAGAUUAAGAUUCAAGUUGUAACCUUAGCUGAAUUUGGUUUUAACAGCACAAGGUUUCCCAAUGUUGUAGAUCUAAUGUUCAAUUUUACUGCCUGCUUGAUUGUAAAAUUAGGCAUUUACAUCUGUGACACAUGAAGCUGCACGCUUGUUUGGUUCCACUGAGUAAUGGAUCAUGUGCAGUAUCUUUAUUGUGUCCUACAAUCAGAAACGUUCACAUUCAAAGCAGAUUAUCUGGACUGUAGAGCAUUAGACCCUGCAUGCUGCAGUAUAACUCCCAUUCAAGGCCAGAGACAAAAUAAUAAUUUCAGACCGUGGCGUACGGUUGAACUGGACACCGACAGAUACUCCACAUGUUUUGGCAACAGUGAUAAGUUUAGGCCUCCUGUAAAUACCAGUUCUAGCCAUAUAGUGUUUUCUUUACACCAUUUCUUUCUGUUUUAUGUUGUGUUCAUCACUCAACGCUGUGUGUAAGAGCGACGAAGAGAGAACAUGAGCACAUGAUGUGAAUGGGAUUGUUUUUAAGCUGACAGUAGAGAAAUUAAAUGAAUGUCAAUAUCGUCCCGGUGUGAAAUAUUUAUAUUCUGCUGAGUUGAUAUGAACUGGCGUGGCUGCUUCUGUCUGCUUUAUUUCCGAUAUCACACUGUAGAGAAUAUAAUCAAAUACACAUUGUUUAUUAAAGAAAAUAUUUUUCAGA